GCUCACCAGUUUCCAGAACCCGAACGUGAAGCAAGAAUCAUGCCGUCCUACAGCCAGGAACCUGAAGAUGCUCAGCGUGCCGCUAAGGCUCGCGGCUCGCACCUUCGCGUGCACUUUAAGCACUGCCGUGAGGUCAGCCACGCCAUCAAGGGCAUGCCCCUGAACAAGGCUAAGAGCUUCCUGCAGGCCGUGCUUGAGUACAAGCAGGCUGUGCCCUUCACUAAGUUUACGGGCGGCUGCGGCCGUCACGCUCAGGGCAAGCUCCGCGGUGCCGCUGGCGACAAGUGCAAGUGGCCCCAGAAGGCCACCAAGAUCAUCCUUGACCUGGUGAAGAACGCUGAGGCCAACGCCGAGGUCAAGGGCCUGGACACUGACCUGCUGUACAUCUCGCACGCUCAGGCCAACGCCGCCAUUAAGCAGCGCCGUCGCACAUACCGUGCUCACGGCCGCAUUGGUCCCUACAUGUCCAACCCGGCCCACAUCGAGCUGAUCCUGACGGAGAAGCGCGCUAACGUUGCCAAGGCCGUGGAGGAGGCCAAGCCCGUCAAGGUUUCCCGCAAGCGUCAGGCCCAGCUGCGCCUGAAGUCGGGAGGCGGUGUUCCAGCUAACUAAGUUGAUUUCGACACAUGGGAUAUCUCUUGCCUGGAAACACGAACGGUCAGUCGGGAACGAGCGACUGUAGACGCAACGGGGUGGCGAAAAGUUUGCUAAAACUUUUUAAUACAGCCUUGCCGAGAAAUGGGUUCUACUGA